AUGCAGAAACCGAAUGUGUCUAAAUCGCGAAAAUGGCUGCCUGCUGGCCUUCCUCUGAUGCUGUGUCUGUGUCUGCUUGCAAGCAUCCCAACAGUUACAAUCCUAAGCUCCAACAUCUUCUAUACCCAGUUUAUGUUCAGAACCACCACUUCCAAGGCUGGUAUCUCCCAAGGCCAAUUCAUUUUGCCUCAUUCGCUUCGAAAUCAAGUCUCUGAUUUGCAGACCAAAGUCGGAAUUCUUCUGGAGCAGCUUCGUGGUGCAAGUGCAGAAUCUAAAGCAGUAGCAUCAUUUUCUGAUCAACUUCUACAUAUUGCCUUAUCUUUGGACAAGUUUGCAGAAUCCUUAUCAGGUUCCUAUGAUAACAGUUCUGGUAUGAACGAAGUCAGCGCUGCAGAUGAAAACUUCAGUGACCAUGAAGAAAGCAAAUCGAACAAGGAUCCGAUACUCAUCGUUUUAACUCAGGCUGAUUGGGAAGAAAAACUUCCUGGGGUGGAAGCAAUUAGUCCAUCUGUAGGACUCACUUGUGCCAGCAUGGCCUCGAAUGUAGAUCGCUUUAUGGAUUAUAAGAUCUAUAGGAUGUGCCCUGAUGACUGGGACAUUGCUCAGAAGGUCAUGAUCAGUGGCUGCGAUCCAUUGCCGAGAAGAAGAUGCUUCUCGAAAACACCUCCACGUUUGAGUAAACCACUCCCUAUAAACUCAUCCCUUUGGUCUCAACCAACCGACACCAACAUUUUAUGGAGCCGUUAUAAGUGCAAAGAUUACUCCUGUCUUGUUUCUAACGAAACAUUAGGCAAAAGAGGCUUCUUCAAAUGUUCAAACUGCUUCGAUCUUUCGAAAAGAGGAUGGGAGAUCUUGACGAAUGAAUCAACUUCAGCUGAAUUCACCAUAGAUAAAGUUCUAAGAUUGAAGCCAGGAGAGAUCAGGAUAGGACUCGAUUUUAGCCCCACAACGGCACAUUUGCUGCACUAA